UGCUGCCCCCGUUCUGCCAUGCUUAGUGUUCCACGGCCCCGUGUUGCACUCGGUCGACGUCUUGAAUCUACCGCCCUUCAUUUUUAUCAGAAUAGACAAUUAGAACUUUACGCGGCCAAGGAAACUAAGCGGCUAACGUUGAGGCAGUUGGUGUUCUUUGGUCGUUCUAUGAAUGAGGACCGUAUUAUCAAAAGUGCCAACUACGUCCGUACGGAGCUCCCCGUUCGCAUUGCGCACCGUCUACGGGAUCUCCAAGCUUUGCCAUACAUCGUUGUGACUCAGGAAGGCGUCGCCAAGGUUUAUGAGCUCUAUUGGUCGGCUUUUGAGAAGUUCCGACGCUACCCAGUGGUGACUUCGAUAGCCGAGAACGAAAAGUUCUGUCAAUUCGUGGCUCAGCUCCUCAAUGAACAUGCAACCGUCAUUCCAAACCUCUAUCUCGGUCUUUCUUUAUCGUCGCCCUAUCUAGCACCAGAUCAGCUGGACUCCUUCAUGCGCCGGAUGCUGAUUUCACGUAUCUCCCGGCGUGUUCUGGCAGAACAUCACAUUGCCCUUUCCGAAGCCUACGCUGGAACCCGUACACAAGAAUCCCGCGUUGGCAUCAUUUCUACAGCGCUCGACGUCGGAGGAUGUAUUCGCCGUUGUACCGACCUAUUGGAAUCUCGGCCCCUUCAAGAUGCGAAGGGAUGGCCGCAAAUUGUAAUCGAUGGGCACCUAGCAUGCAAGUUUGCAUAUAUUCGGGAGCAUCUUGAGUACAUAAUUUUUGAGCUUCUGAAAAAUGCAGUAGAUGCAACCCGUCAUAAACACGCUUCUAGCGACAGUCUGCCUCCAAUCAAUGUCACGGUGGCGGAAGGGACGGACGAUGUCGGCAUUCGAGUAUCGGACCAAGGCGGCGGUCUGUUUAACUCCUCUUGUCCAGUGAAAUCUCCUGAGGAUCUCUUCUCAUUCUCGCAUGUUAGGAACGCAACACGGUUGGAUGAUGAGCGUCUAGUUGCGCUCCGUACCGUCAGCAGUAGCCAGGAGGGAUUACGAGCAACUGUUGGUGAACAAGCUGCAAGAUGGAAACAGGGUGGAGAAACAGAUAACGUCGCGUUACAAGGAUCACAUCCCAAGAUUGGUAUAGGGCUUCCUAUGAGCAAUAUCUUUGCUACAUAUUUCGGUGGUUCUUUGGAGUUGGUAUCUCUAGAUGGAUGGGGGACCGAUGUGUAUUUGCGUGUUCCGAAACUGGGAACAAAUCUCGAAGGAAUAGAGGUUUAACACGAUGGCACCAUUUCACGCAUUGGUGCUUAAGGAUCUUGUACUCACCGCGCCUCGUAUUCGUUAUAUAUGUCGUUCUUACGACGGGCCGGUCCACGACGAGGUCUCGAGGCUGGGUACCGUGUUGCAGCGGAUAAUAGCACUAGUCUGCAUCGAUGUUGUAUGAUUAUCAUGAAUGAUGGUGACCCGAAGAGAUGAAGAUGAUAGGUGCAGAUGCACCGGAAUUGCCCUGAAUAAACAGCAGGACGCGGUGUAAUGCGGUGUCAUCGGAGGAUCGGAUGUUCGUGCCGAUACUACUAUGAAAUAACUUUGAAA